AAAAGUCCAGUGACAGAGCACCAUGGCUUCUGACAAAGGGCCUUCCGCUGGAGAUGCCACCUUGAGGAGAAGAAUUGAACCCUGGGAGUUUGAAGUCUUCUUUGACCCCAGAGAACUCCGCAAAGAGGCCUGUCUGCUCUAUGAAAUUAAGUGGGGCACAAACCAUAGGAUCUGGCGAAACUCGGGCAGAAACACCGCCAACCACGUUGAGCUCAAUUUUAUAGAAAAAUUUACUUCAGAAAGGCAUUUUUGCCCCUCCGUCAGCUGUUCCAUCACCUGGUUCCUGUCCUGGAGUCCCUGUUGGGAAUGCUCCAAGGCUAUCGGAGGAUUUUUGAGUCAACACCCUAGCGUGACUCUGGUUAUUUAUGUAUCUCGGCUCUUCUGGCACCUGGAUCAACAAAACCGGCAAGGACUCAGGGACCUCGUCAACAGUGGUGUGACCGUCCAGGUUAUGAGAGUCCCAGAGUAUGAUCACUGCUGGAGGAAUUUUGUCAACUACCCACCUGGGGAAGAAGAUCACUGGCCCAGAUACCCUGUUGUAUGGAUGAAGCUGUAUGCACUGGAACUGCACUGCAUAAUUCUAAGUCUCCCUCCCUGCUUAAAGAUUUUAAGAAGAUGUCAGAAUCAGCUUACAUUGUUCAGACUUACUCUUCAAAAUUGCCAUUACCAAAUGAUUCCCCCCCAUAUCCUUUUAGCUACAGGGUUGAUACAACUUCCUGUGACUUGGAGAUGA